CUUGACUUUAGUGUUAUUAUUCUCAUUAUUUCGAUGACUAUUAGCGAAAGAUGCUUUGUCACCCGUUCCCUCUCGCCGCCAUCAUCCAGGCCGGGUUUUGGUGAGCACGCCGCCGCUCUCCUGGAGCGUGUGGAUUGGCUGAAGGAGCAAAGGUAGCCCGCUGAGACGUCCUCCAUCUCCUCGCCUUCUCGCUGCCUUCCCUCCAGUCAGUCGGCGGAGGAGUCACCGCUCACACACGGCGUGGACUUAACCGGAGCAUGCGUCCGGCAGCGGGGCAUCGAUCCACAAGUGAGCCGCUCAAGUGGAAGACAAACGGACACACGUUUUAAACGCUUGGAUUUAUCCACUUUUUUGAGGGCUCUUUUCUUCAAUAUUCUUGUGGAGGGGACUGUGGCGCGCAUCUUUUACGGUAUUUGUGAGAAAAGAAAAGAAGAAGAGAGAAAAAAAAAACAACCAAAGGAGCGUAGUUUUGGCUCCCCCGUCAUGGGCCACCGAGGCGGACAAGCGGCCAGAGACGACACCGCCGGACGGGCGAGGAGGUCCCCCCCGGAGAUGCUCGCCCUGCUGGGGCUCCUUCUCCUGGCGCACCCCUGUCUUGGUCAAGUCGACGAUGACUUCAUAGGUCUCGGCGAGCUGCCGGAAACCUUCCCCUCGGACCCUCCGGAGCCUCUGCCCGUCUUCCUGAUGGAGCCCGAGGAGGCCUACAUCGUCAAGAACAAGCCCGUCAACCUGUACUGCAAAGCCACGCCGGCCACUCAGAUCUACUUCAAGUGCAACAGCGAGUGGGUCCACCAGAAGGAGCACACGGUGGAGGAGCGCGUGGACGAGAACUCAGGCCUGGUGGUGCGAGAAGCCAGCAUCGAGAUCACUCGGCAGCAGGUGGAGGAACUCUUCGGCCCGGAGGACUUCUGGUGUCAGUGUGUGGCCUGGAGCUCGGCGGGGACCACCAAGAGCCGUAAAGCCCACGUCCGUAUCGCCUACUUGAGGAAGACUUUUGACCAAGAGCCCCUCGGGAAGGAGGUAUCCCUGGAACAGGAAGUGCUGCUCCAGUGCCGACCACCAGAAGGCAUCCCAAUGGCUGAGGUGGAGUGGCUGAAGAACGAGGAGGUGAUCGACCCCGCCGACGACAGGAACUUCUACAUCACCAUCGACCACAACCUGAUCAUCAAGCAGGCUCGCCUCUCGGACACGGCCAACUACACCUGUGUGGCCAAGAACAUCGUGGCCAAGAGACGCAGCACCACUGCCACCGUCAUCGUCUACGUAAACGGAGGCUGGUCCACAUGGACGGAGUGGUCGGUGUGCAACAGCCGCUGUGGACGAGGUUACCAGAAACGCACGCGGAGCUGCACCAACCCGGCGCCGCUUAACGGCGGCGCCAUAUGUGACGGCCAAGGCAUCCAGAAGCUGCCGUGUAACCCUCUGUGCCCAGUGGAUGGCCUGUGGACAGAGUGGAGUAAGUGGUCCACGUGUGGGACAGAGUGCACCCACUGGAGGAGGAGGGAAUGCGGCGCUCCGGCACCCAAAAGCGGUGGCAAAGACUGUGAGGGCAUGGUGCUCCAGUCCAAGAACUGCACGGAUGGGCUGUGCAUGCAGAGUUCCUUUUAUCAGAAGUCAUCUGAGGCUAAAGACAAGCUUGAGUUGGCAAAUACAUUGGCGCCCAGCACGGACGACGUUGCCCUCUACGCCGGCAUCGUCAUCGCCGUCAUCAUGUGCCUGGUCAUCUCCGUGGUGGUCGCCCUCUUCGUCUACAGGAAGAACCACCGCGACUUUGACUCGGACAUCCUGGACUCGUCCGCCCUCAACGGGGGCUUCCAGCCUGUCAGCAUCAAGACGGCUCGCAAAGCCGACCUCCUCACGGCACCUCCAGACCUGACCUCGGCAGCCGCCAUGUACAGGGGCCCCGUCUACGCCCUCCACGACGUCGCCGACAAAAUCCCCAUGACCAACUCCCCCCUGCUGGACCCGCUGCCCAACCUGAAGAUCAAGGUGUACAACUCCUCCGGCCUGGUGACGCCACAGGAUGACCUGGGAGGAGAGUUCUCCUCCAAACUCUCCCCCAAGCUGCCCCACUGCCUCCUGGACAAUGGUGACAGCACCAUGGGGCGCCGCACCCAGACCCAGACCCUGCUGCGCUCCAGGGACCCCUCCUGCACCGCUGUGGGCUCCUUCAGCUCCCAGGGAGGCCAUCUUAUUGUCCCCAACUCAGGUGUGAGUCUGCUUAUCCCAGCAGGAGCCAUCCCUCAAGGCCGUGUGUAUGAAAUGUACGUCACCGUCCAGAGGAAGGAGACGUUGAGGCCGGCGGUGGAAGACGGGCAAACAGUGCUCAGCCCCGUGGUGAGCUGCGGCCCGCCGGGCGCCCUGCUGACGCGGCCCGUCAUCAUCACCAUGCACCACUGCGCCGUGUCCGACGGCCAACAGGACUGGCUGAUCCAACUCAAGAGCCAGUCGCCGCAGAACAUGUGGGAGGACGUGGUGGUGGUGGGCGAGGAGAACUUCACCACGCCGUGCUACAUCCAGAUGGACGAGGAGGCGUGCCACAUCCUGACGGAGACUCUGGGCACCUACUGCCUGGUGGGACAGUCCCUCAGCGCCUCCACCACCAAGCGCCUCAAGCUGGCCGUCUUUGGACCGCUCACCUGCCCCGCCACCGAGUACCACAUCAGGGUCUACUGCCUGGACGACACGCAGGACGCGCUCAAGGAGGUCCUGCAGAUGGAGAAGCAGAUGGGCGGCAAGUUGUUGGACGAACCAAAGACGCUCAACUUCAGCGACAGCACUCACAACCUGAGACUGUCCAUCCAUGACGUCCCGCACGCGCUGUGGAAGAGCAAACUGCUGGCCAAGUACCAAGAGCUGGGCUUCCAGCAGGUGUGGGACGGCUCUCAGAGGAACCUUCACUGCUGCUUCACGCUGGAACGCUUGUCCAGCUGCACCGUGGACCUGGCCUGCAAGAUCUGCGUGCGCCAAGUGGAGGGAGAAGGACAGAUCUUUCAGCUGGACACCACGCUCUCCGAGGACUCCCAGAGCAUCGACACGUCCCUGCUGGACCCGGCCAGUAACAUCACCACGCUGGUCGGACCCAACGCUUUCCGCAUCCCCGUGUCCAUUCGCCAGAAGUUGUGUGGCAGUUUGGACGCUCCUCAGACUCGAGGCAACGAUUGGAGGAUGUUGGCUCACAAACUCACUCUAGACAGGUAUCUCAACUACUUUGCCACCAAGUCCAGUCCCACAGGAGUCAUCCUGGACCUGUGGGAGGCCCAGCACUUCCCCGACGGCAACCUGAGUCGCCUGGCCCAGGUCCUGGAGGAGAUGGGCCGCCAUGACAGCCUCCUGCCCGCCGCCAACGACCACUGACGCCCUGAGGACCACCACUUAGUAAGAAGAAGAAGAAGGUAUAUUUUUUGGGGGCAGCGGUCGCCGUGGAAACAGUUGCCCCUUUGUGGACAGCGGCAAGCAUCUUCACGGUGGGUCUCCAUAGCAACCACCAUGGACUUUUUGAUGCCAGAUCUUAUUGAAUAAUUCCAAUUAACCAUUCAUGCAUAACUCUUCAUUUUGUCUGAUUCUUUCCAAACAUGCUUUUGUGUUGAUAUGAUUGUUGUGAGAGCGCUGAGGAUCAAAUCUAUUUUUAUAGGACCAAAUGUUACUUUUUUUGCCAAAUAAUUGACACGUUGAGAUAGGAAAAUACUGAAAAUGUUUCAAGUAAACGGAGGGGAAGUUUAGUGAUUUUUUUUUUUUCCCUGUCAAGCCGUCUAUGCAAACUUUGCAUCUUUUUCAGGAGCAAGCGUUAGUUUUUAAGGUCCUUUUCUCGGGGGCGGCCGUUGUUGUCCAUGACGUGUCUUUGUUACCGUGACGAUCCUCACCUAGGCUUGAAUCUCAUCCGGCAAUUGUAUAAAGUGUAAGAAAAUGAUUUUUAAGACUAAUAAUAAAUUAUAUUUAUAUGCAACACUGA